AUGAGUUCCAACAGUCAGUCAUCCACGGCUAUCAUCUUCCAUUACAUUCCGAACUACAUUGGGUAUUUGAGAGUUAUAACAGCUGUCAUAUCUUUCCAAUUGAUGAAGUCACAUCCAAUAUAUUGUACCUCCAUAUACGCAUUUUCAUGUCUGCUAGAUGCUCUUGAUGGUCACGCUGCAAGAUAUUAUAACCAAACCAGUCGGUUCGGUGCUGUCUUGGAUAUGGUUACGGACAGAUGUACAACUUCUUCAUUGAUAUGUUUCCUUUGUGUCUUGUAUCCAGAUUAUGCUUUGAUCUUUCAAUUAUUGGUUUCCUUAGAUUUGGCAUCUCAUUAUAUGCAUAUGUAUGCUACUUUGCAAACUGGUGGGAAAUCACAUAAAAAUAUUGAUAAAGAAUCAAGUUUUUUGUUGAACUUGUACUAUACCAAUAGAAAAGUUUUGUUUUCUAUUUGUGCAUUCAAUGAAUUAUUUUACAUUGCCUUAUACUUAUAUUACUUCCCAUUAUACAACAUCACAAUUUCAGGUGUUCCAUAUUCAGCUGCUGGUGUUUUGGCUGCUAUUUGUUUCCCAUUUUAUCUCUUUAAACAAUUAACAAACAUCAUACAAUUAAAAAGAGCAUCCGUGAUGUUAGCCCAAUUGGAUGUUGAGGACUUACAAGAGAAGAAAGAGUGA